CUCUAGCUUGUCAUCUCCAGCGAAAAUUUCGUGCGCCAAAAACAUAAACUAAUGUGAAAUAAUUAGAUUUAAGACAAAUCAAGUGCAAUAUAGUUUGUAAAAGCAAACUUAAAAACCCAACAAGUCUUGGAGAGUGUAGUUAAGUGCCCCACAGUGAGGUCGCUAGCGAUAGGCGAGUGAAAAUUGCGUUUUACAAUUACUGUUUUACGGUGGUGGUGGGCCGUGGGAGAGGGAGGCCAACAGUCAGUGGUGCUGUCGUGUGGGAACGCCAAGCAGGAGCACCGUUUUUAUUUUCAAUCGAAAUGAACAGUUACAAACAGUAAAGUUGGAGCUCAAUCCAAACAUUCAUACAGUUUCGCCCCCCAACCAACACUAGAUACAUAGAUGCUGCGAGGCAUCCAGUGAGGGAUUCGUUACGGAGUGAAAAUACGUCUUUGUCGGUAUGCAGCAACAGGACGAUCCUCCGUCUCUGCCCGUGGGCACGGAGGUGAGUGCCAAGUACAAGGGCGCCUUUUGUGAGGCAAAAGUCAGCAAAGUUGUGCGCAACAUCAAGGUGAAAGUGGUCUACAAACAGGGCCUGGGCACGGGCAUCGUGCCCGACGAUGCCAUCAAGGCGCCGCCCGGCCAGAUGCGCGUGGGUGCCGUCGUUGAGGUGCGGCACCCAGACAGAAAGGAGGUCGUCGAAGCGACGAUUGCCAAGAUCCAGGAUGGCUCACAGUACACGGUCGUCUUUGACGAUGGCGACAUCACCACCCUGAGGCGUACGGCCCUCUGCCUGAAAAGUGGCAGGCAUUUCAAUGAGAGCGAGACCCUCGAUCAGCUGCCGCUGACCCAUCCGGAGCACUUUGGCAAUCCAGUGGUCGGCGGUAGAAGGGGUCGUCGGAGGGGUCAAAUGAACGAGGACAGCUCCGAUGAUGACGAUGAGAGCGAUGCCAAGGAGGUGGUCAACGAGAAGGAGGAGAACAUUGGCCAGGUCGUCUGCGUGGAGACUGAGUCCAAGAAGAAGGACAAGGAGAAAUGGUUCCCCGCCUUGGUGGUGGCACCCACAGCUCAGGCCACGGUCAGAAUACGCGUGAAGGAUGAGUAUCUGGUGAGAUCCUUCAAGGACGGACGCUACUACACGGUGCCCAAGAAGGAGGCCACCGAAUUUACCAGGGAAGUGGCCAGCAAACAGGAUGUGCCUGCCGUGCAGGCUGCCCUCGAAUUCCUCGACAGCAGCAUCCUACCGCCACACUGGGACCGCGACUCCCUCUUUGGCCUGUCCAAUCUGACCAGCGACGACGAUGGCGAGAUCGAUUCGGAUUCGUCCGACGACGAGCCGCACGAGGAGAAGGAUCGCUUUGUAGCCCAGCUCUACAAGUACAUGGACGAUCGUGGCACGCCACUCAAUAAAGUCCCCUCCAUCCAGAGCCGCGACGUGGACCUGUACCGCCUCUUUCGCGCUGUCCAGAAGCGCGGUGGCUACAAUCGCGUUACGACCCAGAACCAAUGGAAAAUGAUUGCCGUUCGUCUGGGCUUUGCCCCCUGCACGGUCAGCGUUAUGAAUCUGGUCAAGCAGGCGUACAAGAAGUUCCUCCAGCCAUACGGCGAUUUCCAUCGCAAGCUCGGCUGUUCCAUGCUGAUGAUAUCGCGGAAUUCGAACCGCAGCAAGGGACGCAGUCUGGUCAGGGCUAAUUCAGUGGCCUCGCCCAAGCCCAUGGAAACCACCAAAACGGAGACGAUCAGCAAGUUAGCCCAACCGAAUCAGACGGCUACCAUUACGAGCUCCACUAGCUCCUCCAGUGCUCCAGCAGCAGCUGCCUCAUCCGCUGCUGCCUCAUCCUCAUCGAUUGGACCCACCUUAAGCGCUGCAGCCAGCGCUGCCAGGGCCACCUCGACAGCCUCCAUAUCGGCAGCAGAGGAGUCAGAGAACACCAGCGAGUCCAGUGUGGUGGUGGAGCCCAUCAAGAAGCAACGCAAGGCCUCGGCGGCCGCCAGCACUCAACAGCAGGGCAAGGUCAAGAGCCUGGUGGAGAAGUACGAAGAGAAGUCCUCGGCAGCAAUGCCCCUUGCGACUGCAGCCGCUGCUCCUACUGCUGCUGCUGCUCCUGGAGCUGUCAUAGCCACCGUACAGCCAACAACAACAGCUACUGCGGCAACAUCUGCUGCUGGCCACACUCCAUCCACGGCCACUCCAUCAUCAGCUGCAACAGCAACAACAGCAACAGCCACAGCCACUCCUUCGGCAGCUGUUGGCAAAGAUACCGAAUCGGAUCUGCCUUUGGCCAAGAUCAAGCUGCAAGCGGCCGCUGCUGCGGCAGCAGCCGUGACCAGGAAUAGCAUGGAGAAGGACCAACAGCAGACCAACAUCAGUCCGGGCAGCGCCACAUCCAGCAAGGCCAACUCGGCGGACAAUCAAAGGAGCAGGGAUGCCUCUCCUGCCUCGGCUGCCCCUGGCCCGUCUGCUGCCCCACCGACCACCGCCAAGAAAGAGAAGCACCAACGAAAGCAGGUGGAAAAGACGGACGAGAAGCAGCGCGGCAAGCGGAAGAAGGAGGAUAAGGACAUCAGCGUUGAGAAGAUCGACACUGGGGACUUUGUGGUGGGCAUCGGUGAUAAGCUGAAGGUGAACUACCACGAAAAGAAGUCCCCCAGCUCCCAUGGCAGCACCUACGAGGCGAAGGUCAUCGAGAUUAGCGUACAGCGCGGUGUGCCCAUGUACCUGGUCCACUACACCGGCUGGAACAACCGCUACGACGAGUGGGUGCCCCGCGAGCGGAUUGCCGAGAACCUGACCAAGGGAUCCAAGCAAAAGACGCGAACGAUCAGCACCAGCAGUGCGAACAGUGGCAGCGGCGGCGGAGGAGGAAGCGGAGCCGGACCGGGCACACUGCCCCCAGGUCCAGGUGGGGGUGUCGGUGGCGGCGACAAGCAGCCGCCGCCUGGUAAGGAUGGACCCUCAAAGACGGUUCCACCCUCUGGGCCGGCGGGUCAGCAAGGCGGUCAGUCGGGAAAUCCCAGCGGCUUCAGUACGGCCAAUUCGCUGAUCCAGGCCAUGGUGAAGACGCCCACCACGACGGGAGCGAAGCGGGGCCGUGGGCGCAGCGAUUCGAUGCCACCGCGAUCGACCACCCCUUCGUCGGUGGCCUCCAACUCUAGCAGGACCAAGUCCCCGGCCAGCUCCCAGCAGCAGCUGCAGCACCAGCAGCCGAUGAAGAAGCGUCCCACGCGAGGGCCGACCAACAGCGCCAAUAUUCAUCGCAUCUCAGACGCCUCGUUGGCCUCCGAAUCGGACUCUGACUCGGAUGAGCCCGUGCGCCGGCCCAAGCGGCAGAGUGCCAAAGAGAAGGCAGCUGGCAAGCCGCAGGCCAUCGCCAAGGGACGUCUGUCCCGUGGCAUAUCCUCUGGGCCCACGGCAGCCGCCGCCCAGCAAAGUCCCAGCGAGGACUCCGACGAGGAUGAAGAGGAGGAGGAAGAGGGGCCAGGCCUCAGUCCGGGCAAACAACAACAACAGCAGCAGCAGCAGCAACAGCCGCCAUCUUCGCUGCAACGUUCUCGCGCCGCUGGCAAUCGGGCAAUGAGCAGUGGGGCCGCCACCUCCAAGGGACGUGACUACGAUCUCAGCGAGAUCCGAUCCGAGCUGAAGGGAUUCCAACCGCAGCUGCUCUCCUCCUCAGCCUCCUCCUCGGCAUUGCCCAGCGAUGAGCGCAAGGACCACAUAAAGGGGGAGAUCCAUCCUACUGUGGGGGACAUCAAGAAAGAGCCGAAAAUGGAGUCGUCGGCCAAGAGCAGCUCCACGGAGCUCUCCUCCGAGACGGACUCGUAUGUGGACGAGGACUCCCAGUCGUCGGACUACCGGAAGCAGGCCAGCGAGAAGCGCACAAAGGCAGGAGCUGCAGGGCAAACGCCAGGCAAGGCUGGAAAUGAGCCAGCGGGCAGCGGAGAUUCUAUUCUGCUGCUGGAGGCCAUCAAGACGGAGGCCAAGGACAUCAAGGCGAAGCCCUUCCACACGGGAGCAGACAUCAAGCCGACCACCACAUUGAUAGCCCCGGCACGCUUUGGCCUGAACAGCUCCUCCUCAGCCGCAGCCUCCUCCUCCUCGACAUCCACCCAAGGACCCUGCCUCUCGGCGGUGGCCAAGUACACGUCGGUGAUUGUGGAGAAGCCACUAACCAUGACAACAGCAGCCGGGGCCGGCAGCAAGAAGUCCGCGUCCGCGGGGGAUCAGCCACAUCUCAACAAGAAGGUGGACAGCCUUAAGAAGCAGUCGGGCACGGCAGGAGGAGGAGCAGCCACAGCCACCAGCAGCACCUCGGGACAGGAUGUCAAGAAAUUCGCUGAGCCUGUGGCCACCUUGAAGGUUGAGCUGCCGGCCGCCUGUUCCCCCUCAUCGUCCUCCUCCUCGUCCAGUUCCUUCUGCUCGAGUGCCUCCGGUGGCAGCUCCAGCUCCGCCACGCGAUCUCUGCCGGAUAUGAGCAAGCUGGAGAUUAGCGGAGCUGCAGGAGCAGCAGCAGCAGGAGCAGCUGGUCCAUCUGGUACCCAGCCCUCGACUCCGCCCACGGCGGCCACAGCCAGCAAAGAGUCCAAGUACAGCAGCAGCAGCAUUGCGGCAGCCACUGGUGGACCCCUCACGCUGGGCGAUCUCUUGGCCUCGGAUGUGUACGAGUUCAAGGACACGGAACCCUUUGAAUUCGAGAAGCGCAUAUCGCCCAUGGCCGCCUGUUCGACCACAGCGACAGGCGUUGCUGCCGUUCUCCCCGCCACCGCCGUCACUUCAUCGGUGAUUACUGCGGUGCCGCCGCAGCCAGUGCCAGCAGCAGCAUCAGGGGCAGGAGGCGCAGCAGGAGCCCCUUCCAGUGCUGGUACUACUGUGGGGGUUAGCUCUGCAGCCAGAAAGCAGGCCCUCAAGGCCUCGGCUAUGCAGCAGAGCCUGGAGCAGCAUCAGCUGCCGCCCACUGCCCAUGGAGGAGGAGGAGCAGCAGCAGCAGCAGCAGCAACAACAACAACAACAACCGUUGGACUCGCAGCAGGCAGCAAAGCCAAGAAGCGUGGCUCACCCCUAAAGGAGGCCAGUCUGGUGCUGGAGAAGCCCAAGCUGAUAAAACUGGAAAAGGAACAGCCGGAACAAAAGCCAAGCAUUCCACAGCAGCAGCAGCAGCAACAGCAAGCCCCUCCCACUGUCAAAGUGGUUGCAGCCACACCGAAUCUUGUGCAGAUGCAGCAAAAGUUGAUCACCCCACCAGGAGCAGCAGGAGGAGGAGGAGGAGGCUCCUCCGCCACCGCUGGCCAACUGACGCCCGGACACCAUGCCACGCCCUUUGAUGCGCUGCGCAAAUCUCCGAGCUUCAACCUGAAUAUCAUGGCCCUGAACGAGGAGCUAGCCCAGACCGUGCAGGAGACAACCCGUGCCCUAACCGAUGCCCUGCAGCCACCCACGACGCCCAUUUCAGCCAGCGUUCCAACUGCAGGACCGCUGCUCAUAUGUCCAGGCACACCACCAACAGGAGGAGGCAACCAAGUGGCAGCCUCGCCCAAGCUGACAACACCGCCACAGCCUCAGACGAAGCCCCCACCGCCAGCCACUGUUGUGGGCAGCCCCUUCAUCGAGACGCGGAACGUGUUUGAGCUGAGCACCUCGAACGAGGGCAGCGGCUACAGCUCGGGCGAGUCCAAGGACAACAAACUGGAGAAGCUGGAGAAUGUAAAGAUUCUGCUGGCUGGUGCAGCGGGUCUGCCCUUCGAUCUGGAUGCGGUGAAGUACGAGCAGAAGACCAGUUCCAUAGCGGACAAGGUGCUCAAAGCCAUAAGCCAGAAAAAGGAGGAGGUGGAGAACAACAAGAGCAAGCCACCGCCACAUACGGAGGCCCCACCAACCACAGGCACUGGCAAAGCCACAGCCGCAGGCCCUACUCUGUUGCUGCCCAAGCUGCUGCCCGAUAUGGAGGCCAACACGCCCUUGCUUUUGCCCAAACCAGAGCCCUGCACCAGCACCAAGCUGGAGGCACUCAAGAUGUUGAGUGAACCGCUGAAGAUCCAGACGGGACCCCUGCUGGGGGAGCUGUACAGGCCAGGACCGGCCACCAAUAGUCCAGAGACCAAGUCCAUACUCGACUCGAUGCCGGCCAAGAACAGUGAGCUAAGCGAAACGAUCCAGAAGCUAGAGUGUGCCAUACAGCAGCGCAAGACGCCCGUGGGUGGCCUCUCGCUGGCCAGCUCCACGGCAGGCACUCCUCCAACGGCGCACACACCCAACUCGACGGUGACUGUGGGCGUGGGCGGUGGCUUCUCCGACGAGUCCAUGGACAGCACAGACUCGGAACAGCGGCUGGUCAUCGAGGAUGUGAUUGUAGAGGAUCACACCACGACCACAACGGCCGAACAGAAGAGUCCCGGCUCCCAGGAGGAAUUGGCCGAGACCAUGGACAGGACCAUCAGCACGCCCACGCCGCCCGUGAAAAUGGAACUGAUGGGCAGCAAGCAGCUGUGCAGCAGCGGCAUUCAGGCGCCCAUUGCCCUCAAGCUGGCGCAGGCAGAGACCAGCUCCAGCUGCAGUUCGUUUGCGGGAAAACUAACAGCGGUCACGCAGCCACCGCCGCUAGCGAAGCUUCAUCAGCAGCACCCAGCAGAGGACAGUAAGAUGGGUACACUGAGCUCCUUCGGUAUACCCAUUGUGCUGCCCAAAAUACCCGCCUCUGUGGUGAUGGCCACGCCAUCCAUAAUGAUACCCGCCUUCACGAUUCCCAUGGAACAAGAUCAGGAUAGUCCACCCAUAAUGGCGUGCACCUCCAGUCCGGCGUCGCCCUCGCCGCCAACUGUUUCUCCCGAACUGGGCGACAGACUGGGCAGUGGAUUGCUCCUGAAGACGUACAUAGAACCGGAGUCUGAAGCUCGAUCCAGCUAUCACCACCACCAGCAGCAGCAGCAACAGCAGCAGCAGCAGCAGUCGGCGGCUGUCCAAACUGAGAUUGUGCUAUCCAAUGUGAACGUAUCAUCCACCAGCGGGGGAUGGAGCGACACAGCGCCCGUGGUGGCACGACCAUUUGUGAUGCAUGCCGUCAACAAGGAGAUGUACAAUGUGGUGGCCAAUACGACGGCACCAGCAGCCAGCUCGCCGCUGAUCAAUGAUCCACACAACGAGUCGAUCAAUCUGCUGUGCGAGGAGACAAUACCCGGCAGUCCGGCACCCACCUAUGGCGGAAAGGAUGAACAAAUUCCCGCCACAGGGAGCUCUGCUUUGGCCAUUGCAGGCAUCACGCCGCUGUCGCCGGACACCCCACCACCGGGUGCCAUAGGCCAACUGCAGGGCACAACAGGGGCCCAGCAAACCGUAGGGGAGUCAGCCAUGGGUGGCGUGGGCGCGUCGGCGGCAAACAGUUCGCCGGACUCGGCAAGCCAGGAGGAUGAGAGCAGCGAGGAGACCAAGACGAAGCAUCUGGAGAACGAACUGGAGGGCUUGGGCUUGGGUGGGACACUGCGCAAGAGGAAGCGCGCCAGCAAGCAGACCCAGGCGCAGAUCAGUGCCGUUGCGGCACAGCUUCAAUCGCUGAGCAAACGACGGCGUCAGGUGUCGGGCAUGAGAAGCAGCAAGACGACAGCCACAGUUACAGCUGGUUCGGAUACUGAUGACAAUUCAGACCAUUUGGUGUCCAACUUGGGGCCCCAGCAACAGCAGCAGCCGGCACAGCAGCAGCUACGUCAAAGUGGACGCCAACAAUUGAUGCCUUUGUGCAAUACCCAACAGCAGCAACAGCAACAACAACAACAGCAGCAGCAGCAGCUCCAACAGCAACAACAGCAGCACCAACAGCCGCAGCUGCAACAGCAACUGCAGCAACAGCAACCAACUUCGAGCACUCAAUUGGGCGUACGACCCUGUCCAUACAACUUUCUGGUUGAAUUGGAUCGCUCUUUGAGCUCGGAUCAGUGCAUCACAAUUCUGCGCAAGCAGAUACAGGAUCUGCGCAAGGCAUACAACACCAUCAAGGGCGAGCUAGCUGUCAUCGAUCGCAGGCGCAAGAAGAUGCGACGACGCGAGCGCGAGAAGAAGCAACAGCAGCAGCAGGGCCAGACGCAGGGCAAAGUCUGCACCUGAUGGUCGGAGAGGGAGCGUGAAAGGGAGCGAGAACGCGAACGAGAGCGCGAGCGAGAGGACGUGGAAGUGGAUGUGGACGAGGACGAGGACACCCAGUAGGAGGUAAGAAACUCGAAACAGGAAGCUGAAUCAUGAAUCAGAAGAAUCGAAAAAAGAAGACAACUUGAAUUGCGGUCAUUAUUAAAAUUAAGCUAAAUUAAAAAUUUUAAAACUAUUUAAAACAAAAUAUAUACAAAAAC